AUGGUCGUCUACGCUGAUGCUGCUCCGUCCCUGGCUGGCAGCACGAUAAUGCUAACGAUAGUGGCAUUAUUGACCUACGGCUUGCGGGUUUACUGCAGAUUGACUCGCAAGUCAUGGGGGAUAGAGGACUGGAUCAUGACGGUAGCAAUGAUACCAUUUGCCGUGCUUGUAGCUGGGUGUGCUGGGGGUGCAUUCAAUGGAAUUGGCGCUCGUAAUUCGACGCUCGAAAAGGUCGGCAAUGAGAAGUACGCAGCAGAAGGAAAGAAGUUCUUCCUCAUCUUUGAAGUCGGCUACUGUGCUGCCAUCAUUCCAAUCAAGCUUAGCAUCAGUUGGAUGUUGAUUCGAGUGGCACAGGGGCGCAAGACGUACCUUUAUACCCAAUAUGCCGUGAUUGCUAUGUUCGUUAUCAUGAACAUCGUCGCUUUGAUCUUCAUCUUGAUCAAUUGUAUACCCGUGGAAGCCGCCUGGAGCGAAGAAGCUCUCAAAAAUGGAGGCCAUUGCCAACCAAGCUAUGUCCUUGCUGAUGUGUACUACGCGUGUACCGCCGUGAACAUUGCUACCGACUGGGUGACAGCUUUCCUGCCGGUGCCUCUGCUUUGGAACGUUCAGAUCAAUCGCAACACCAAAAUCUCGAUUAUUGCCCUGAUGGGCCUCGGCGUCUUUGCAUCCCUAUCAGCAUGCAUUCGACUAAAGUACACAGUCGCUUUAACUAACCAAGAAGACUACCUCUACGGAGUCGCAGACGUUGUAAUCUGGGGAUUCGCGGAAAACAGCCUCGGCAUGAUAGUUGGCAAUGUUGCAACCCUACGCCCACUCUUCCGCAUCCUCCGCGAUAGCAAGUCCUCGGACUAUAGGACUUAUCACCAAUCACCCGGGAUGAACAGCUCCCAUCGCCCUGCGGGCGGAAUGCGGUCGCGAAACUACGAGCUUUCCGAAAAUAUGAAAGGCCCCAAUCGUACUACCACCACAUCAACGAUAAACCAUAACCCACGCGGCAGCCUAAGCGAUGGAGAUAGCCAGAAGGAUAUUCUGGAGAACGGCCAGCAGCCAGGCGAAGCAGAUAUUGUCGUCAGCCGACAGAUUGUUGUAGCGUACAACUAG